AGUCCUCAUCUUGGCAUAAUGCUCCACAUUGUGCCCCUCACAACGGCGGUACCGUCGACAGCUCGUCGUCUGUUCAGUCGACUACUUACAACGAGCGUCGCGGCCUCACAACUACCUGCACUCAAAUUGUUCAACAGUGCUGUGCGCCGUCAGCGCAAAACGGCAAUAGUAUCGCAAGGACAAGAGUACAGUUACGGACAGUUGUUGGAGGAUGCAGUGGCGUUGCGCAAUCGAGUAGGACAUGGAAAAGAAAUUGACCUGACAUCUUCGCGACGCAUAGCCUUCUUGUUUCCGCGAAGUUAUGAAUAUGUUGUUGCACAGUGGGGAGUAUGGAGUGCGGGAGCUGUCGCUGUGCCUUUAUGUACAAGUCAUCCAGUUCCAGAACUCGAUUACACUCUUACGGAUGCGGAAGCUGAUACAGUUAUCUUUCAUCCGUCAUUUCGGAAUCGAAUUGAACCAUUGCGGGAGAAGCUGAGAUCGUUGAAUUGGAUUGAAUUGGAUGAUAUACCUGUACGCAACACCAUUGACGAUGUGCAAUUUGACCAGGUCCCCUUCCUCAACUCAAAUGGAGCUCUGAUCAUCUACACCAGCGGAACGACAGGAAAACCAAAGGGUGUCCUAACGACUCAUGCAAACAUUGAGGCACAAGUUGAAUCACUCCUGGAGGCUUGGAAGUGGACUGAAGAUGAUAAAAUUAUCCAUGUCUUGCCUUUGCAUCAUGUUCAUGGGCUUAUCAACGUCUUGACUUGUGCUCUAUGGGCCGGCGCUACUUGUGAAUUCUUGGAGCCAUUCAAUGCAGACGCUACGUGGCAGCGUUGGAUGUCUGAGAAGAAGGACCUAUCGCUCUUUAUGGCGGUCCCAACAAUAUACUCGAAGUUAGCGCACGCCUAUCACUCCAUGUCUCCUGAAGAACAAACUAAGGCAACAGAAGCCUGUCGUCCGUUCAGACUGAUGGUGAGCGGUUCCGCCGCCCUCCCUGAGACGGUUUUCGCGGAAUGGGAGCGUAUAAGCGGGCAUCGGCUGUUGGAAAGAUAUGGUAUGACGGAGAUUGGAAUGGCUCUUGGGAAUCCUUAUGAGGGUCCACGUAUACCGGGAACUGUAGGCCGCCCGUUUCCGGGGGUGCAGGUUCGUAUCGAGAACGAGCAUGGACAGAACGUCGUUGACCAACCCGACGAGGCCGGAGAACUAGUCAUUGGUGGACCACAGGUCUUUAAGGAGUAUUGGAAUAAGCCAGAAGCGACGCGCAAGGAGAAAGUGAACGGCUGGUUUCGCACCGGCGACAUUGUUUCGAGAUCCCAAGAUGGCGUGUUUAGAAUACUAGGCCGGGCUAGUGUAGAUAUUAUCAAGACAGGCGGCUAUAAGGUCUCAGCCUUAGACAUUGAACGAGAAAUGCUUGAGCAUUCCGCCUUUCGAGAUGUCGCCGUGGUGGGACUGCCUUCAGAAGAAUGGGGUGAAGUCGUGGGAGCAAUGGUUGUGCUUCGUCAGGGGCAUACUAUAGAGUUAAGCGAUCUCCGCGAAUUCCUCAAAGAACGGCUGGCUUCUUAUAAAAUUCCUAGGGUGCUCAAGGUGGUUGAUGAACUGCCACGUAACGCGAUGGGAAAAGUUAACAAGAAAGCUUUGAGGGCAUUGUUCUAGUGCAGCGCGCAUUGUCCAGCUGAUAAUUAGCAGGAGUGACUGUAUACCAUAGCUGUCCUGUUGCUGUAUCUAGGUCUUCUUGAGGCGGGGCGAGAGAAUAAUGACGAGGGUUUAUUCGUUUGUUUUUAAUGCUGACGGGAUCUCGGAACUCAAUGGUUUCGAACCGACUCCAUCCACCACUCCA